GCUGCAGUGCAAGUGCAGAAGAAAGACCUAGAGAGCCGGCGUUAGUAUUUUUGGUUCCUGACAUCUCGUGUUUUAUUCUCUUGAACCUUGUGUGACUUUAUUCCAAAUUUCGAUUCUCCUUGUUUUAUUUCAUUGGCGGACAAUCAGCUGAAUUUCGAACUUAGUUUCAUUUUACUCCCACCAUUAAGUCAUAUGACUCUUUUUGGAUGAUAUGAAUACAUACAUGCAUUCAUGUUCAUGUUACACCUAACCAUAUUCUCUCUGGUCCACCUCUACAAUGGAUGUACGAGACCUCCCAUCUGAUAGUGACUCGAGUGAUGAAGAUUUCGUGCCCGAUGGUGCUGACAGUGAUUUGCCCUCUGAGGAAGAAUCUGGACCAGAGGAUGCUGACCUAGAGGCUGGAGCAGGGAGUGGUGAUGAAGAUUCUAAACCAAAGGGACGGAAACGAGCGGCAAAAGGCAAAGGAGGAAAUAAAAAGAAACGCACAAAGAAAAAUAGUGUGAAAGAUGUAGUAGAUGAGGUUCAGGCUGAAGAAGAGAAAGCAUUGGCCGCUGAAGAAGAAAAAUUAACUGUAGAACAAGAAAAGAAGAAGGCAGAUUCCUUGUGGGCAGACUUUAUGAAAGAUGUGGGUGGACCUGUCUCAAAGAAAACAUCUGCCCCUUCAACAUCAAAAACCGUUAACACUUCAACAGCAGCCUUGACUUCACAAGUGUCUAAACCAGUCGCCACAGAGAAAGAGAACAAAGUUGAAAAGAAAGUGACAAUAACCCAAAUAUUUGAGUUUGCUGGGGAAGAAGUAAAGGUAACCAAAGAAGUUCCUGUGGAUUCCCCAGAGGCAAGGCUCUCUCAACCCAACACAAGUGGUCCCAGUCGAGGGGGUGGUGCACGAAGAGGCGGUGGUUUAUCUGCAGUUCUCAGUCAAAUUGGUAAAAAGUCAAAGAUUAGCACUUUAGAGAAGUCAAAGCUAGACUGGGAGAGGUACAAAAGUGAUGAAGGCUUAAAUGAAGAAAUCCAAACCCACAAUCGUGGAAAAGAUGGGUUUUUGGAGAAACAGGACUUUUUGCAGCGCACUGAUCUACGGCAAUUUGAAAUUGAAAAGCAGCUUAGAGCCAAUCGCCGCAGUAAUAGAUAAAAUGUUCUCCUUUUGUCAAACUUAUUCAUAUUGGUCUGAGAUAAUAAAAUGUGACUCAAUAUGCAUUUGCUUGACAUCUUACUGGUAAUCACCACUGAGAUUCUUGACUGUCUGUCAACUGCCCUAUAUUGUUGUGCAGUUGACAUACAGGCAGCAUCAUUUUAAUUUAUAAGUAUUCUGUAAUAUCAUGACCAAGGCUCUCCACCAUACAUUGAGGAUUAGUCUGUGUCUCUCUCUCCAUUCCUGUGUGAAUUGUCAAUAAUGCAUAUGUUAACAAUCCAUUUCUCCUCAUAAAUAAAAAGAUAUGACAUUA